AACCAAUUUUCGGUGGUAGUUUGCAUGGUAAUGUAUAUCAUAUAUUUUUUUUAGAUUUUUCAUUCUGUUAUUUUAGAAAUUACAGGGGGGGGGGACACAAUUUUUUUCACUUUGGAAGUGUCUCUCGCGCAGACUAUUCAGUUUAGAUAAAAAUGAUAUUAGAAACCUAAAUAUCAUUUUUGAAGACCUAUCCAUAGAUACCCCACACGUACGGGUUAAAAAAACUACUCACUAGAUCUCGUUUAAACCAAUUUUCGGUGGAAGUUUGCAUAGUAAUGUAUAUCAUAUAUUUUUUUUAGAUUUUUCAUUCUGUUAUUUUAGAAGUUACGGGGUGGGGGACACACAUUUUACCACUUUGGAAGUGUCUCUCGCGCAAACUAUUCAGUUUAGAAAAAAAUUAUAUUAGAAACCUCUAUAUCAUUUUUAAAGACCUAUCCAUAGAUACCCCACACGUAUGGGUUUGAUGAAAAAAGAUUUUUUGAGUUUCAGUUCUAAGUAUGGGGAACCCCCAAAAUUUAUUGUUUUUUUUUUCUAUUUUUGUGUAAAAAUCCUAAUGCGGUUCAUAGAAUACAUCUACUUACCAAGUUUGAACAGUAUAGCUCUUAUAGUUUCGGAAAAAAGUGGCUAGUGUUAAUUUAUUUCCCUCAAAGUAGAGGGAUUUUAUUUAACCACAUCCUUAUACUUGGCUAUCAAUCAUUUGGAAGUGUACGUGUAUGUAGAUGUACUUGGUCAAGCAAAUCUUGUCAGUAGCAAAAGGCGGCAAAUUUGAUAAAUCGCGGGUUAGCAACACUAUUUUCGAAUAACUGCAAAAUCGCGUGUCACCUAUGUUUUAUCUGUGAAAUGUGAAUGACAUAUAAGUUAAGAAGUUGUUUAAGUUCUUUGUUGAAUAGAAAUAUUACUGUUGAAUUUUGCUGGGUUCCGGGACAUUCAGGAAUUUUUGGUAACGAACUAGUAGACAAGCUUGCCAAAUCUACAGGAGAUAUACAAGUUUGUGAUUUAAAAGUACCUCAAUCCGAUUUAGUACCUUUUGUUAAAGAACUUAUGAUUAGACGUUGGAAUAACUCAUGGUCUAAAUCCAAAGAAGUCAAAGGGAAAUGGCUUGCAGAAAUAGUCCCGGCACCCAGCUCCAAGUCGUGGUUUGAAUACCAAAGAAAAUAUGUAGAAAGGGCAUUUAUUACAACUAUAUGUAGAUUGCGCAUUGGUCAUGCUCGUUUUCCCGCACAUCUUUUUAGAUUAGAGCUAAGUGAUUCUGCUGUUUGUGCACAUUGUAAUGUUGAUGUAUGUGAUCUUGAACAUAUUUUUUUCCAUUGUCCUUCAUUUAAUUUACAAAGGUUAUUGUUUGUUGCUAUGUGUAUGGAUACUGGUUUGCAAGUUCUGCCAAAUUCAGUACAGGGCCUUUUGAAAUAUCCACAAUUAUAUCCUGUAAUCUAUCAAUUUGUUACUCAUACUAUAGGUAGUUUGUAAAUAUCUCAUGUAACUAUUAAGAUUCGUGUCUCAUUUUUAUGUGAAUUAAUUAUAAGUAAAGUACUUAUGUUACUUUUGUAUUUCAUGCUUGAGCUGAUGGCCUAGUUGCCAAUGCUCGUAAUAAAUAAAAAAAAAAAAAUAGUGAAUGAUAGCCAUCAUGUUUGUUUACAUUCUGAAUCGUUGCUAUUUCAGGAGAAAUUUCUGCUGUCACCAUUAAAUACCAAUAUAUUAAAUAAGCUUGUUCAUGAACUUAAGCAAAGUCAAGGUGCCUACAAUAUACAAUCACGCUGGCUGAUCGUAAAUAUUUAUAAAAUGUGAGGUUAUGAUAAUAACGUGUUUGGGUUCAAUGUACAUUGCUGCUUUUUUUUUAAUUUAUUUAGAACACAAACAGUCACAUAUACAAAUGGAUUUGAAGUACAAUGUAGAGUACUUAACAUACUUAAGAAUCAUAGACAUGGAGGUUCAUUAUUAAGUACAUAAUGUUAACAUACAUACUAACAGCAUAAAGAAAAUGAAAUCAUGGGCCAUACUUAAAAUCUAUUUAAGUACUAGUCUUCAGAGGAAAAAAAAUACAAUAAGUGGUAAUACAGUAAGCAGGUUUGACAUUACUGUCUGUUUCAUUAAUUAUCAGUACCCCUAGUGUAAAUAAAUUCGAUUUCUAAACGUGACGUACGCGUUAGCGUUUAGUCUCAUUUUGUAUUGGAUUUAGAAAGAGCGCGCCAAGCGGGACGUUUUGGAAACUCAAAAUCCUAUACAAAAUGAGACUUAACGCAAACGCGUUCGUCACGUUAUGAUGUCGAUCAAAUUUACACUAGGGGUACGGAUAUGUUGUAUUUUUUUUAAUUUACUAAUAUCUGGUUUUCUUAGCGCAAUACCAACGCAAUAGUGCUUUUUGAGUGUUGCCCUUAUCCAUUUUGCUGGACAUUGCUACUGACAUAAUUUGCUUAGUUUGUGAAAUAAGGUCCCCAUGGCCAUAAGGGGCCAUGUCCGUCUGUCUGUCUGUCUGAGCAAAACUACAGCGGACAUGAUCAGUUUAGCUGUUUUUGAGUUAUCGCAAAAAGUUUCCCCUUCAUAGUAAAAAGACUUUAAUUAGGUACUGAUUAUGCAAAUUUGCCUAUUUGUUUAACUCGCGUUUCAUCCCUUGGUUAACAAUUUACUAUACUUUAAGCUCCAGUUUAGCUUAUUGUGACGGAAGAGUAACUACGGAACCCUACACUGAGCAUGGCCCGACAUGCUCUUGUUUAUUUUACAAAUGUGCACAAAAUAAUAACAAUAAUUUUAUAGAAGAAUAGAUGCAACAUAUAACUUUCUCUGUUCCUAAGCAGAUUUCCAUUUUUGUGAAUCUGAAAAAGGUGAUUUCUAUUGCGGUUGGUCCUUAAAAGUUGACUCCUGCCCCUAACCCCCCUGUUUUAGUAUUGUAAUUACCGCUUUAACCGCGAUCGUGCACGCUGAUAUGGUUCUAUUUUGAUUGGUUCAAUUUUUAGGCACGCUUUAGAUGCAAUUUUGAUCUUGUCUACUAGGACAUAAAACAGAAUAGGUAUAGUUCGUGUCAUCCACGAUGACGCGCAAAUUUGUCAAAUAUAACCUUUAAUCACAUUUAUAAUAUCAAUAAUACCUACUGUUUCCAUUGUUCUGUUCGCUGAAACUGCAAUCACAAAUGACCGAUCACUUGACUUGAUGAAACGCCCACCACAUUUGUGACAACUCGUUUGAAUAUAACAAAAUGAUUCACAUAACUUGUUCCAACUUCCGAACAGGCACCCAAAUGCGAAUAAGGCAUGCAACAAUUCACCCGAUUCUGGCUUUGAUACUGCCUUUACGUGUCGACAAGUUAGGUCCCGAAUCAUCAUCCAGCCGACCACCCCCCAUGACCUGAAGCCCUACCAUGAAAAUAGAAUUUUCUUUGUCAGUCUCUAUCGCUCGAUUAUGCAAGAGCGAUAUAGAGAGAUAUUUCAAUUUGCGUUUUUCGCGAUAUGCCUUCAGAUCUAACAAAGAAUGUAAUUUCUCGUGUUGUUCGUGUGUUUAAAGGGAAUUCCCUUUAAACUAAUUACCAAACCAAUUAUCCGAAUGGUCGUCGGCCGAAUGUAGAAACUAAUAAGGUCAAUAUGGGUAAGUGUGACAUACUUUUGUAAAAGUUAACUUUGAACACAUAAACCAAGAUCAUAACAUAAAGUUAGAUUUCGAACUGUGCCCUAAGGUUCACUAUUAUAAGGUUCAACUUUAGCUGAAAACAUUGUGUUUUAUGUUAGUUUGAUGAUUAAUAGAUGGUAUUCAGAGUCACACUUCCCCAGCAAAAUUAGGUAAUCGUAACUACAUUGUUAGUGCACGCUAGACAACAAUUUUUAGGGUUCCGUACCCAAAGGGUCAAACGGGACCCUAUUACUGAGACUUCGCUGUCCAUCCAUCCGUACGUCCGUCCGUCUGUCACCAGGCUGUAUCUCAUGAACCGUGA